AUUAUUAUUAUUAUUACUACUACUACUACCACUAUUAUUGUUAUUAUGCUUGAUCGACAUCCGUAGUAGCACAUCUCAAAUCAACAAAAGAUGAAAUUCUUCACCUGGGCAUAUUUUGUUGAAGUUUUUAUGGGUUUGGAUACACCAUUAGACGGUGGUAAACCAAUUCGUGGUGGUUUCUACAAAACUUCACAGACAUUUUCACCUUUAGCUGAAUUUAUGCAUGUCCCAUUGGAUCAAAUCAAUUAUGUUGUUAGUGGUGUAGUGAGUUUUGCACUGGGUCAAUUAAUGCGACAGUAUCUUUCACCUCAAAAGUGUUCACCACGAUUACGUGCACUUAUUGAAACUAUAUUUGGCCUAUUAUUAUUAUCAUUUUGUUUUGGAAGUCAAUUAAGAGUAUUACUAUUACAAUCAUUUAUUGCCUAUCUAUUCAUGGUGUGUUUACCGCAUAAUCGAUUUAUGGCUGUAUUAGUAACAGUAUGGUCAUUAUUCUAUAUGACCUUAGUGCAUAUCUGUCGUCUACAAUAUGAUUAUGGUGGGUAUACACUAGAUAUAUCUGGACCUGUUAUGGUACAAACUCAACGUCUAUCUAGUCUAGCCUUUAAUCUUGUCGAUGGUGCAAUAAUAUCACAUGAAAAGCAUACUACUAAUACUACUUCUACUACUCAUCCUGUAAAAUAUCAACAAAAUAAUUCUUCUAAUGAUUCUUCAUCACCCCCACCCUCACCAUCACCAGUUAUUGAUCAAUCACUGUCAUCGUCCAAUCGUAGACGAAACACAUUCACUACACUAGAUACAGUAACGCCUUCAUCAAAUACCGAUUUCAAUCCUAUGCAUCAUUAUCAUCAUACACCCAGUCAUUGUAAACUAUUGAAUGAAAAAAAGCCAUUCACAACAGUACAACAGCAACAGCAACAACAACAGCAAAUGCCUACAAGUCAUAGAAUGCACGCGGUUGACAAAACACCUGAUCCAAUAAUAUUUUUUGCCUAUAUGCUAUAUUUUCAUGGUGUCUGUGUUGGACCUUUCAUCUUUUUCUCUGAAUAUAUGGAAUAUCUUAAAGGGUAUAGUACUGGAAAAUUGCCUUCAAUUAAUAUGUAUUAUCUAGUGACUCUGUGCCUGCGUACAUUAGCUUCAGGCCUGUCAGCUGCCUACCUGUGUCCAUACUUUCCUUUCGAUUUUGUUCUAACUGAAGCAUUUGGAAAUUAUUCACUCCUCCAUCGAAUUUUCUACGUGACAAUUUCGUUAUUUCUAAUUCGACAAAAAUACUAUUUUGCCUGGGGAUUAGCUGAAGUCAAUGGAGUGGCUAUUGGUGUUGGAUAUACUGGCCAAUGUCCACGUACCGGUAGAACAUUGAAUCAUCAUGUGCGUAAUUUUAACUUUAUUCAAGUUGAAUCUGGUGUCGGUUUAAAAGAUGUUGUCGAUGCCUGGAAUAUAUCGACUACACGUUGGCUACGUGAAACAUUCUACGAUCGUCUUCCAACUGCUUAUCGUACAAUCCUUGUAUUUAUAAUCAGUGCUUUUUGGCACGGGUUUUAUCCUGGUUAUUACAUAAUGUUUUUGUCAUUCGCUCUAUUCACAACAGUUUCGCGUAUUUGGCGUCGACAUUGUCGUGUGUAUUUUCGUAAAACACCUCUAUCUAUACAUUUCUAUGAUAUUUUUACAAUGAUUAUUACUAAUUUCAUAAUUAAUUAUGGACAAGCACCAUUUCAUUUGCUAGAUUUCUAUGCAUCUGUAAAAUUUUUAAGCCUAUUCUACUUUAUACCUCAUCUAAUUGCCUUUAUUAUCUUGAUAGCUUAUUUUUUAAAGUCAUAUUUUAUAAAGUCAGCAGCAGGAGGAGGAGAAGUUGCAGAUGGUUCUGUCACUGCGACUGCGACUGCAACUGGGACCGGGACUGACAAUGGUGACGGCAGUGAUAAGCAUCAGAAAUUAUUACUGUCUAAUCAUGAUCGUAGUGUUGGAGGCUAUUGACUCACUGACUGACUGA